ACCGCCGUGACUUUCUCCUUCCUCUUCUGUGAUACCAACGCUAUCUGUCAGUUCUUCUGUGACAUCCCUUCCGUCAUCCGGCUCUCCUGUUCCAGACGCUACAGUGAUGAGAUCGCCGUUCUGGGCCUCAGCGGGUUUCUGUGCCUCGGCUGUUUCGUCUCCAUCGUGGCCUCACACGCACGCAUCUUCAGGGCAGUGCUGAGGAUGCCGACCAUCGAGGGUCGGACCAAAGCCUUCUCCACCUGCCUGCCUCCCCUCAGCGUCGUCAUCUUGUUUCUCUCCACUGCUUCCUUUGCCCAUCUCAAGCCUCCUUCAGUCUCCUCCUCGACAUUGGAUCUACUGGUGGCCGUGUUUUACACCGUGGUGCCCCCUCGACUCCAGCUCCCCAUGUACUUCUUAUUCAGGAACCUGUCAGUCCUCGACAUCUGCGGCAUCUCUGUCGCCGUCCCCCAGUCCAUCCACAAAUCCCUGAUCAGCAGCAAAUCCAUCUAUUUCAGAAGUUGUGUGGCCCAGAUCUUUUUGGUCAUUCUUUCUGCCGCUUCAGAAGUGUUCGUUCUCAGUGAGAUGUCCUACGACCACUACCCCGCCAUUUGCCGCCCCCUGCGCUAA